UGAUGCGCGACUGUUCCCCUAAUUAUUUCGACAGUCAACUCUAUUAUCAUCCCGCCGAAAAUGCCCCAACAACAAAAGACUUACGACGUUAUUGUUAUCGGUGGGAGUCAUGCUGGCCUGUCUGCGGCUCUUACGUUAUACCGUGCCCUACAUACUUGUCUGAUAUUCGACGAUGGUACUCCUCGUAAUGCACUUUCUGCCCAGACCCGCCUUACGUCUGGAUGGGAGAACCAAACACCGGGUAGCUUUAGGGAAGCAUCACGCAAAGAACUUCGAGAAACAGGUCUCGUUGAAUUUGUUUUCUCGCGUGUGGUUCAUGCUAAGAAAGUAUUGGAUGAUGUUUUCGAGGUCGUAGAUGAAACCGGCGGUAAAUGGACAUCUCGAAAGAUUUUACUAGCGACUGGAGUUAUUGAAAAGUAUCCAGAUAUCCCUGGCUACGCAGAUCAUUAUGGGACUACUAUUUUCAAUUGCAUGUUCUGCUAUGGGUACGAGCAACGUGGCGCCGCAGCCGCCGGGCUGCUUGCUGUAGGCUUGCUUUCUAACCACACGCACGCCCUUACAAACGCCCGCGAUGCUCUCAAGUUCGCAGACUCUGUCACUAUAUACACGAAUGACAACCAGCCAUUAGCAACUGAGAUAUUAACUAAAAUCGACAGCGGGCUACAUGUAGACAACAGGAAGGUGAAACAGCUACACGGUGGUCGUGAUGGAAGCGGACUGGUGAUCGAAUUCGACAGCGGCGAGCAAGAAAGUCACUCUUUCAUCGUACAUAAACCAGACCUGGAGUUAGAUAACACAUUGCCCCUACAGUUAGGCUGCGAACUUUCUCCUGGCAUUGGUAUCACAAUUAGCCCACCAUUUAACUCCACCACCGUUCACGGAGUGUUCGCUGCUGGCGACUGCUGUUCACCCUUGAGAAACAUACCAAAUGCCAUGAGCAUGGGAUCAUAUGCUGGAUGUGGGUUAGCAAGAAGCCUACCACGAGUUGCGAACAAGUAACGGGAUCCAAGUGUGAAUAGUAGAUGUUGGGCUAACCUUUGGGAACUAUAAAUGAUUAUUUAUAAAUACUAGAGUUUGGGAUUAUUACCCAAUGUAUUUGAGGC